UGACCCCUCCGAAAGACAGCUCUAGACAGUGCUGUAGAAAGACUCCUUAAUGCCUGCAGCCCAGGAGGAGCAUUAUGGAUCUGACUAAGAUGGGUACGAUUCAGCUCCAGAACUCCAGCCACGCGACUGGCCUUCUCCAGAAAGCCAACCAGAUGCGCCUGGCUGGCACCCUCUGCGACGUGGUGAUCCUGGUGGACAGCCAAGAAUUCCAUGCCCACCGGACCGUCCUGGCGUGCACCAGCAAGAUGUUCGAGAUCCUUUUCCACCGCAACAGUCAGCAUUACACCUUGGAUUUCCUCUCGCCAAAGACCUUCCAGCAGAUUCUGGAGUACGCCUACACCGCCACCCUGCAGGCCAAAGUUGAGGAUCUGGAUGAUCUGCUCUAUGCGGCGGAGAUCCUCGAGAUCGAGUACCUGGAGGAGCAGUGCUUGAAGAUCUUGGAGACCAUCCAGGCGUCGGAAGACAAUGAGGCCGAAGUCAGCAUGACGGACGGUGUGGCCGAGGAAGAGGAGGACCGGAAGUCCAGAUACAUUAAGAACAUCCUGCUCUCCAAGCAUUCCAGCGAAGAGAGCGGCUACUCCAGCCUGGCCGGCCAGGCCCUGAUGGGGACGAUGCUGGAGCACAGCCCCUCCGUCUCCACCUCCUUCGGCCUGGCGGCCAUGAGCCCCACCAAGACUGCCGUGGACAGCUUGAUGAGCAUCGGACAGUCCCUCUUGCAGGGGGGUCUGCCCCGCCAGGCCCUGGAGGACUUGCACUCUGCCAAUGGCCGGGGCCCGGCCGUGCCCGAGCUGAAGACUGAAGCCAUGCAGGUGGAGGAGGCCUCCAGCCACGAGAGCCCCCGGUCAGCGGAGCUGGGCGCUUCUGGGGCGGACAAAGUGGAGGAUAAAAGCAAGCAGGGGCCUGGCACGCCGACCCGCAGCAGCGUCAUCACCAGCGCCCGGGAACUUCACUAUCCCCGGGACGACAGCGCGGAGCAGCCCCUCGAGGUGGUGCAAGGCCCCCCGGUUGGGCCGGAGCUCUUGGCCUCCCAUGGGGAGAAGCCGAUGAGCCUCUACUCGGUGCUGCCCAACCACAAGAGCGAGUCCAUGCUUGGCCUGCCCGUCUCCAUGGCCCCUACGCUGCAUGUGCAGCCGGCCCUGGCCGUCUCCAUGGACUUCGGCUCCUACGGGGGGCUGCUCCCGCAAGGCUUCAUCCAGAGAGAGCUCUUCAGCAAACUCGGGGAACUGGCCGUGGGCAUCAAAACCGAGCACCGGAGUGUCGGGGAGCAGUGCAGCGUUUGCGGGGCGGAGCUGCCGGACAACGAGACGGUGGAACAGCACAGGUAGCCCUUCUCUCCCUUCUCGGGGGUUUUGCACUCGUGCUCAGAAAGGCUGUUCCUGGGCGAUAGGCAAAGUGGCAGGCAGUUCCCAGGGACCCGAGGGAUGGGGUGUCUUUCUAAGACUUUCCCGGGAAGGCAGUGAGCUGCAGGCUACGCCUCUUGCUAGGAAGAGAAAAUAAA